GGCUAGCUCUGCAUGCGGAACCAAAUACAGCACGCUUUGUUUCUCAGGGUGCUUGUUUUAGUAGUUGCACACAGUCGUCUCCAAACCGCAUGUGUAUGCUUCUGUUUGUAACUCAACGCUUCCAUAAGCAUCAAACGUUCGUGCUUUGUUUCUGAAAUAUAUAGCCACAUACUGCCGAGAUGAAGCUGUUAACGCAUAACAUGUUAACAUCCCACGUGAAAGGUGUGACUAAAGGAUACCCACUUAUUAUCAAGGUGAGAUGGACUUGCAGUGUUUUCAUUAUUAAUAAUUAUUUUGUUGAGGUUAUAGAGGGAUGUUUACAGUGUCCUGAAUCUGGCAGAGAGUUCCCCAUCUCCAAAGGUGUUCCUAACAUGUUACUCAUUGAAGACGAGUAGAUCAAGCUGCUACACGCGUCCCAGAAGAAAAGAUACUGAAUAUCAGACCCACGUUUAUUUUAGAAACUUUCGGGGGGCCAUUUUUAUUCAAAGGAUAAUGGAGAGAAACGUAAGACCAUAAUUCACAAGUUAUUCUGAAUUACACAGUCAUGUUCAACUACUGUCUCCAAACAUGUGGUUGCUUUGCAUUUGGUUGCUAUGAGAAUUUUCUUUUUGUUGUUUCUGUCAUUGUAAAUU